GCGCUCUCUCUCACUCUCGCUCGCUCUAUCUGCUCCUUGUGGCUGAGAGAGGCUCAUGUUUCUCACUCUCUCUCUCUCUCUUCCUACACUGCCAGCCCCUGAUGUGAUGGCGAAGAAACCCCGUUGACAAGGCACUGCUUUUUCAUGACGGCAAAAGGGCUAUGUUUCGUAAAUCUGUCUUUCGUUGCAGAUUAUUCUUGAUCACAAUGGACUGGUUUCAAUUAUUGGAACAUGGAGUCACCUAUAGAUGGAAACAACAGAAGUUAUGUUAAAACUUUGGAAAAUAAGCUAACAUGGAUGAUGACUCUGGUCUUCUUGAUUUCAUUGGUGACACCCAAGAACUGAAUUUCUUUUGGCAUGGAUCUGGAAAUAAAACCGUUGAUGAAGAACUAACAAGUACAUCUCUUUCUGCUCCUAACACAAAUUCCAUAUUCAGCAGUGGUAGUCAUGCUGAUCCCAAAUCGUCAAUCAAAGGUGUGCAUAACCAAGCAGCAGAAGGCCAUAACGAUGGAUUACAGUCUUUAAGCAGUCUUCAUUUUCUUGAUGAUGAACUUGAAACCUCCCCUAUUCAUGAUAUCAAUGAAGACCAACCCUUUGACAUUCUUCAAAAAUCACUGCAAGUGGCCAAUAUCACCGAACAGACAUUGGCAGAAGAGGCUUAUCUGGACGACAGUGUAGUCUCCAGUCAACAUUUUGCAACUGCUUCAGUUCAUUCGCAUUCAUCCUCAUCCUUUACUCAGGCUACAAGUAUCCCUAAUUACUCAGGUCAAACACUGCAUUCAGUAGGAGUGCCUCUUGUGCAGCAGCAAGUAGGCACAUCAUUUAGAAGCAAUACAGUAGGUGUUCAGCACGGUUUUAUGCAACAUGUAGGAAUUAUUCCUAGCCAACAUAUUCCCAGUAGUAACCAAAAUUCUUCUGGACAGAUUCAUCUAAUUGGUUCUAUUAAUAAUCAGCCUCCAGUGAUGGCUAUUAAUAACGUAGAUGGAUCACAAAUAAUACUCAAAAGUGGACAACAAAUGCCUGCAAAUUCUAGUGGGGGAUCAUUUGUUCGACAGAAUGGAAAUGCAAUGUUUGGAAGCCCUGAUUCCAGCCCAGCAGGGCAUCCUGUCGCAGUUACAUCUUGUGGAAGUAACUUUCAAACCUCUUUACCUGUUCAUAACAUUAUUAUACACAGAGGCUCUGUCCCUAAUGCUAAUAAAAUGCCUAUUAACAUUCAGCCAAAGCCUGUACAAGCUGGACAGAUACCAUAUAAUGUGAAUAAUUUAGGUAUGCAACAACAUCAUGUGCAUCAAGGGAUUCCCUUUUCUUCUGCUAAUUCCCCACAAAGUUCAGCAGUUAGCCAGCAACUGCCUGUUCAUCAGCAAAACCCUCAGAAACCAGUAGGUCAACAACCUGGAAGCAGCAUUGUCAUCCAUUCUCCAAUGGGGCAAGCACAUGGGCAUACCAACCAGUUUGUUAUACCUGCAGGUCUUUCUGUAAAUUCUAAUCCAGUACAACACAUUCAGUCCAUAAAUACACAACUUGUACAGACCCAGACAGCCCAUCUUGGUCCUCAUCAAGUAUCUGCAGACCAUGUAAUGCUUAGUGGAAACAUAGCUAAUAUGGUUAGGCCUAGUCAGCCAUAUUCUGGGCAAAUGCUAAAUAGUCAAGGGACAGCCGUGCAGCUUAUUUCUGGUCAGACAUUCACUGGACCCAGUGGACAAUUUAUUGUUAACCAUGGAACGUCUCAUAUUGUUGGAGGACAGAUGUCACAAGUAUCACCUACAGUUUUACACUUGUCACCGAGUCCGGGUAGUAACACUCAAAGUAGAUCAACUUUUCCUUCAUUGCCACAUAGCAACCCCAACAUGUCUUCUUCGGGUCGUUUCACUGUGUUAAGUUCUGGAACUGUAAUUCAAAGCAUGGGACCAUCCUUUCACACUUCUACAGGCGAUCAGCAACAAAGCAGAAGCCAUUCUGGAAUAAGUGAAUCUCAUGUUCAAACCUCAACUGGCCAGCCUGCUAACAUUUUUAGCUCCACGUCUGGCUCUCAACAUACAUUUUCCUGUGGACAGGCCCAGAAAGAAGUUAUGGACCACGUGUCUCCUGUUUCAUCACUGAAUAACCAGGAAAACAGCAGACAACACCAGCUGUGUACCACCUCACUAGCAGGGCACCACUCUGGAAGCAAACAGAUGCAUUACACUGUAUCGCCUGCACAACCACAAGAAAAUAUAGCUGGGACACAACUGCGACCUGUGGAGGUUGAUGGACGUUCAGGAGUAAUGAAGAUGUCUGGUCCUAGGCAGCUUAGAAAAGCAUCUUUAAUCCUUCAGCGAUUACACAAGGAUCAGCAGCAUGCUGUUUUUCUAGAUAAAAACCCAUUUGAGUCUUUGAGUGAUGCUGCUGAAAGACUUCUCCCAUACCAUGUGUUCCAAGGAUCACUUCCAACAGAUGAUGAUUUGAAAAAAGUGGACAAUGAAUUUGAGUCUGCUUCAAUACAUCUUCUAAAGAAGACACAGUCAAUGCUGAACAAGUAUCGCUUGUUGCUGUUGGAAGAUGCAAUGAGGAUAAAUCCUUCGGCGGAGGUUGUAAUGUUGGACAGAAUAUUUAAUCAGGAAGAAAGAGCUACCCUAACAUGUGAAAAAAGAUUUGCACUGGUUGAUCCAGAUGGCUACUUGUCAGAAUUUUGUUGUUCAUCCAAAUAUCAAGAAGAGUCUAUGGCUGAAACGCUGCUUGCUGAGCUUGAUGUAAAUUCCAGCAAAACUGUAGCAAAUUGGUGUCAAAACCUUAGAGAUAAAAAAGACCGAAAUGAUUUAACUGAAUCCAGCAGAAAUGAUAUUAUUGGCCUUGUACCUGAUAGCGUAACACCACAGAUACCCAAUGCUCCAUCAUUAAAAAAAGAGGAGGUUUGUAAAGAUGGGAAGCUAAAGAAAAUAGGCGUCUCUCCAAGAAAACAUCAGCUUGGUGAAGGAUGCAGGCAACAUCCUUUAGGAUUAUGUAAAGUAUCAGAGGAAGAAGACAAUCCUAAAGGUCCUAAAAGACCCAAGCUAAUUUCUGAAGGAACAAUGGGAACAGCAGAAGAGAAGUGUCUCCAAGCUACAACUUCAGGACCAUCUGCAAGAAAUUAUAAUUCACCUUCGAGCAUUUUAGGUCGAUCUGAUCCAAAUGUGAAAAGCUUAAUACACAGUUCAAAAACAAACGUGUUGGACCAGAAAUUAACAGAAAAGCACUUAGAGAACAAACCUGGUGGAAGCAGUUCAAGACAAACAAAGUUUUUGAAAAGCUCACCCACCGCAUCCAAUGAAAACUUUGUGGACAAACGAUUUUCAGAUACCCGAGAGAGUGUAUCAGAAACAGAUUCAGUUUUAGAAGCAGCUGUAAAUAGCAUCUUAGAGUGCUGAGAGAGAUUUUUUUCUUCUCCUGAAGGAAAACCUGCAUAAAAUGCGACUCAAGAGCAAUAGUUACUGUAUCCAUAAAUGGGCCCUCGAAAGCUGGGCUAUUUGCUAAAAGCAUCAUUUUAGUGCUCACCUGCUCUGCUUCAACGUUUAUGAGCACGCCUGCCAUAGACAAUCAGGAUGGAUAUAGAACUACAAAUCUAUUUUUUUUUUGUUGUUUUUUUUUUUUAGGUAUACAUUAAUUAAAAUCAAAUUGAUUUAAUUUUAUUUUGUUCUUCUUAAAAGCUGCAAUCUUCUCAAAAGCAACAAAUACAAGCACUUUUCAUUUUUUGUUGAGGAAUAGCAGCUGUGGAUAGAAAGGUACCAUUACAUUACCUGUGAAGGAUACCAAAAGAGUAGUCUCCAUUGUCGAGUCACUUCAUUCUCAUGGGUCAGAAAGGCAACAAAUACCAUAGAGCAAAUUCUUUUCUAUCGCAUUCCUCAGAAUAGUUCAGUACUAAUUAGGUCCAUUUAGCUCCAUUUACGUCCAUUCAGUUGCACAAACUGAAAAUACUGCAGCUUUAUAGAAAUAAUUGAAUGUUGUGCUUUUGCUGGGAAAAAUAUUUUUUAUCUUUUAAACCAUUGUCAGCAGCUUGAAACAGAACAGAGCCAGAGCCUCUCAGUUGAUGCGUAAUGUAUGUCUUUUUUUUAAUCAAUGUUAUUGGUUGUAUGGUUAGGAAUCAUUUUUAGUUACAAUAACAAGAGUCAGUGGCAAACAUAAAAACAUCUACGUUACCAAAUUUCACUGUGGUAUGGAAUAUUUGGGGUCAGUUGAAUGGUUACUAAUCUGGCCUUAACCAAGUGCAUUUAAGGAAAUAUGAUUGUCAGCAAUCCAAAGACCCAGAGAUAAAAUUGUGCUGCUGUUACAUUCCAUAUUUAGAUACUGAAUAGUACCCAAUAUAUGCUUUGUGCUAUUUUCAUUUGGCAUAAUUACAUUUAGGGUCUUUGUCCUACUGCAGUGGAUUCAUUGGCCCAAUGUAGAUAAAUCACCCACUGUAGCUAGAGUAUACAGUUCACAUUAAAUUAUCACCAUGCAAUACUUUAAAUUCACCACAUUAAAGAUAUGCACAGCUGCACAUUCAGUUGGUUGCCCCCUUCAAAACAGAGUAGCAACAGGUUUAUAAGCCCCAGUGCAUAAUAUGUUCGUGUUGCUCUCAAACACAAAUGCCCUAUCUAUUUUAAUACAUUAAAAAUCGUGACCCUUUGCUCAUUCUCAAAGCACAUUGUGGCAGGGGCAAGUUUGGGAAUGAAUAGGGUGCAGGACAGGGCCCUAUGUGCCUCCCAUUGCUAGGCCUUUAUGAAUACAGAGCUACUAAAUCCCUCUACAACUGUGUAAAAAAACAUAGCGGCUUGGUAAAUGCGACUUCUGACCACUGGGCAAUACUAAUACUAUAAUACCCAUAACUCAUUCCUGCAUUUUUGUUGUUCUUACAUUUAAAGCAGGCAUUACAUGAAGUAGUAUGGUUGGUAAGUUUGGUAACAGUUAAGUUACCCAACAGCCCCAGGGCAAAAGAUUUCAUAUACCUUCAUGUGAUACCGCUACACUGCAGUUGGUUAAUGGCCAAUAGAGAACCUGGAAUUAACUAGACUUUCUUCUUGCUUCCCAUGUGAGCGAUAAAAGUGCCAGGAUUCACAAGAUUAAAAUCUGCACUUCCUAUGAAAAACCAUUUAUACUUCAUUGCCUAAAAGCUGUCUAUUUUAUUAGUGUGCACAACUGUACUCACAAGGAAACAAGUUGGGUGGACAAACAGAAAAGAGACAUAAAUAUGUACAUCCAUUUAUUCACACAUGGCAAAUGGCGUCAAUGGUCAGUAUGUAAAAUUUCAAAUCUUUAAUGGAAUAUUUUAAAGGCACCACGGCCCCAGUUAGUGAUUUCUGGAUACAUACUGACAUUAGGGGACCAGCUAGAGGUCUCGCCAUUAGGAGAGACGUACAUAAAUAAAUGCAGCACUCAUGUAAAAAAAGUAGCGACUUAAGACAUUUUGACGCCUAAGAGGUGGACGCAAGAUGUCUCACAUGCCGUGCCUGACUGGGACUGCCCAUUCUUCUCCUGUUUUGCACAUUCUUAAGUUUAUCAUUCUCGUAAAGUGGAUUGGCAACAUAAUUUUAAUAACUACAAAUUAUAUAUCUGGUCUGUUCAUUUUUAUAAAUUAACCUAGAUCAUCAUUAGUUCACACCAGGGGUGUCUAGCUAUUGUCUAAAUUAAAUUCCUGAUAUCCUUAGCCUAGAGCUUUAUGGAGCACUAGCCCAGUUAAAAUCACCUAAUGUAGCUAGCUGCCCUUAGGCAACAGAUUCAAGUGCUAGGGCUAGGAAGGCAUUUGCCUUUAAAAAAUUCUAUUAACAUUUAUAAGGUAACAGCAUAUUUCACUGUAGUGUACACUUCAGUAUAGAGGUUAAGUCAUCUCUAUGCUUGAAACUACAUAUCCUGUGACCCCUGACAAGUUAACUAAGAUAGUUUCAUUAACUGCUAUAAAACGCUAUACUCAAAUCUAAUUAGGAUACAAGUGCUAUAUAGAUACUUUCUACUGCCUUCUUACUAGAAAGAAUGGCACACUCCAUAUAAACACAGAGAAAUAAGAGGGGUGGUUAAUGGACUAGUCAAGGAACAAGAACUGAGGUUAAUGGACUAGUCAAGAAACAGGAGUGGAGGAUAAUGGACUAGUUAAGGAAACAGAGGAAGUACUUAGUUUACCGAACUUUCCAUAGGUGCUGCAAUAUGAACUAUAUAAAGUAGUUAUUGUAGAAAUCUCAAACUCUGGUGGUGGGCUUUACCUAUAUUGUUCUUCCCAAUACUGUUACGAGAGAGGUACCCAGACUUUAUUGAUGUGUGGUCUACUUUUAGCAAAGUUUUUACAUUUGGACUUUCCACCUCAAAUCUUACAUUACAAUAGAAACUGUUGUUGUAUUUGGAUUUUAUAGAAAUUCCAAACAAGUCAAAUAAGGCAGCCCAGUAGAUUAGCUGGACUGCUGAUCUACUGGUCACCAACUGAAGAGCUACUAGUAGAUCACAAUCUAAAUUUGGGGUACCCCUGCAAGACUAGAUGGACACUUAUAAAGACAGUAGUAUACAAUAUACAUCAGCAUAUGUACUUAGUAAUAGGUAAGGUCUAUAACAUUUUAGAUAGAUAUGUUAGAGAUUGUAAAAUGCGGUUACAGUUUGAAGGCUAGUGUUUUAAAGUAAAUCAAACAAGAAACUAAAUCAAUAAUGGCCACAAUUUCCCUCCACCAACACUUAUUUUUGUGUUAAGCAGUGCUUCUCAAAUUGCAGAGCAAAAACAUCAACAAAAGUCUCAUAUAAUAUCAAAAUAAUAUUUCUUUGGGGGGAAAAAUGUUUGAAUUUUGAAUUGUCACUGGUGGUUUUGCUGUUUUUUGUACCCACUUAACUUUGUCACCAUUCUCACUAAUUGCAAGCACAAUGGUUUAAAAUGAAUUCCUCAAAAAUCUGACCGGAUAAUGUGGUGGUGUGGGGCAUACAUUUUGCAUUUCAAGUUAUGGACAAAAAUACCUUUUGGGAGACUCUGGUGGCAAUCAUUUUAUGUUUGCUCCUGUUUAAUAUGCCACAACAAAAAUGUCUGUAGGAAUUAACUCCCUCAUGUAAUCAUGCAUGUUAAAGCUGUCUAGCUACCAUGUGUUAUUUUGCAGAAGGCCACAGUUUUCUCUAUUAAUUAGUACUGUUGUGAAAAUAAAUAUAACUAACAUUGUUGCAAGCUGCCAUAUAUUAUUCUCUUCAGCAAAUUUCAGACAAUUUUUAUUGCUGCUGGAAUGUGGAAAAUACAUCUUGACCAAGGGCACAUGAAUGAGUAUCAGGCAGAGAUAUUACAAUGUUACACCAGUUUUCUAAUCAUUUAUCUUACUCAGUUUAUACUGAUAUAGCCCUUGUACGUUUAACGACAUAUUGGGGGAUAGGAUGAUGAUAUAUCGGUGAUAGAUUUAGGGUCUUACAGUCUGACAUACCUGAAAGAAUGUAUAUGUGAAUAAGUAAUGUGUGAAACCUUUUUUCAAGGAAGGUCUUUACUUUUUUCUUAUUGUCAUUUUGUUUUAUUUUGUGCCAUUUCUAUGAAAUAAGCUGAUCAACAUUCCCAUUAUUAUGUUUUAAAUAGCAAUCCUUAAUGACAGUUAUACCUAGGUGCCUUGACCUAGAUAAUUGACAAACCUGCCCUUGUUAUUCUAAAAAUGGGAUCCAAAUGGGAUGACUGUCAAGGACCGUGCAAAGCAGCAGUUGUUGGUAGGAAGAAUGGGGUAUAGAGGUCAAGGCAGCAGCAGUCCAGACAGCAGUCAACAAAAGUCCAAAAACUUUGGGGUGACAGUUUAAGAGGCAUUCCCUUACUAUCUAAGGGGCAGAACUUAAUAUAAAUUUACAUUCUGAGUUUAGAGCUUAAUACAUUAAUACUCACCCAUGUUCUAUUUAUUCCUACGAGAACUGUAGAAGCAUAUUUAUCAGUGGGUGAUCAAUUUAUCAGCAUUUGAUAAAUACGCUUCUAAAAACCCCAUAGGAAUGACUAGAACGUGGGUGAAUUUUAAUGUAUUAAGCUCUAAACUCACAUUUUGAUAAAUCUUCCUCAUAGUGUUCAACCGUCUUUGGCUUGGCGCACAUAUGACAUAUUUUACCAGAUCACUGUCCAUGUGCUAAGCCAAAAGCUGAAUGCUGGGAGAGCAGAAAAGAUAGCGCUGGGGAGUGACAUUUGUGUUUAGGGAAACUACAAUUAUAAGAAUUAGAAUUAUAACUUAUCAUUAUAUACAAAUAUAUAGUGGCUGGUCUCCUUUUGGUAAGGCAAAGCCUCCCUAUAUCUUCACUAUUCUCCUCCUAUGAACUCCCUGUUGGGGCCUCACAAAUCGGUACCGCUCAAGUUUUUGCCUUGUGUUAUCAUUUAAAAAAUACCACCAAGGGGCAAAAGGUUGGACAGUCAAAUGUUAUAUACAUAAUGGAGCCCUACAAAGUAUUUUUAGCCUAGGACCCCACAACUACUAAUGCCCUUGUUAUUCAUUGCUGAUAUGUGUCCAGUUUAAACUGGCCAUACAUUGAAAGAUCCGCUUGUUUGGUGAGCCCCAAUACGUCCAUAUUGAGGUGGAUGGGAAUGCAGGCUGUCAGGGCAAGGACUGUAUCAAUGAUCCUUACCCCAGCAGGAAUUCCAAAACUGUCUGAUUGAUAUUUGGACUAUUUCUGACCAGAUAUCGGUUAAGCAGGGUGUGCGAGGGCCCCACACAAGCUUCCAACUUGAUCAGAUGGGGCCAAAUCGGCAGUCUAAAACUGCCGAUGUAUGGCCACCUUUAGUCACAAGGGUACAUGCCUACAACCACAAUUUUGGUCCCUGAUUCAACAUGGUACAUUAUUCAGCACUUGGAGAUAGAUACAGUAAUAUAGAAUUUCUGACUAACUUCAACAUAAAGGUUUCAAGCAAUAUAUAUGUUUGUGUUUGUAAGCGUGUGUAUGUCAUAUUAGUACUACUAACUACUUUACAUGUCAGUGCGGGUGUUUCAGUGCUUGUACCUUACAAGAGACACUUUGGGAGUUAGAAAUCUACCUGUAGGCUAAGAGGCAGGUUUCUUCAUUUUUGUGAGAGGUAUGGUUUGUAAUCACAGUUUAUUUUUGCAGCGAUUUUCAUAUUUAAGAAAAAUCUUGAAUGGCUUAAUCUUCAUCAUGGGAAAAAAACCUGCACAUAAACUAAACCGAUUAUCAGUUUGUUUAAAAGCUGAUGUUAUAAGUCCUGUUGAGUUGUAUGGCAUGGUGUUAGGUGGCAACAAUUUUUUUUUGUUACAAGUUUGAUUUGAUGAAUUGUAAAGAUCAUGGGAGUUGAGGCAUGGCCAUAACCUUCAGUAUGAAUAAAUCUGCUCCUACGUGAUCUUUCAAGUGAACAUGGGUCUAAUUCCUUUUGUACUAAUGCCAACUUGUGGAUCACUCAUCACUUUGCUCCAGCUUCUAACACGUUUAAUUCAUGCUUCCCAAUACAGACCUUAACUUGCGCCAAAACCAGUCCUGCCCCUUUUUUAUAAUCUGUAUUUUAGGUCCACCCUUUAGAAAAAAAACAGAAAGGAUUUGUGUGAUUCAAUAAUUCAUAUCUGAUUAAAUUGACCCUAGUGUGUGCUCUUUGUAGGGACCCAUUGUGAAUCCACUCACUGUAGGACCCACUGGUACAGGGACUAAUGUGAAUGAUGAACAAUCUCUGUAAAGCGCUGCGUAAUAUACCAGUGCUAUAUUAGUGAUGCAUAAUAAUAUCUUAUUGGCUUCUCACUCUGAUCAUUUUGUCUAAACUUUACCCACCUUUUUCGGCACAAAAACAAAGCCUUUUAGCUGCCCUGUUACUGCCAGAUAAUGACAGCAUAUAAGAUCACGUAAGACAUAUAGUGCUAAUUGACACAUACAGUUCAAUGUGAAAAGAAAUCACUGCCUUAUACUGUGCAUUAAGUGUAUUCAUGAUCCGUGUUGUAAUGCUCAGACUGACGCGCUUUCUACCAUGUUUUGUACUUUACCAUUUUGAAUCACGUUUUUUUUUUUUUUAAUAAAUAUACUUUUGAAAUGAUAGCAUAUUUUAUUAGAAAUUUAAAGCUGGCACUUACUGGAGUGGAAAUAGGCAUUUGCUGUAAGCCGCUGCAUAGAAACAGUUUAUUCGACCUUUCUGUUUGUUCAUUUAUUAAGCGUUUUUGCUGAAAAAAAGCAUUUGUUUGCAUAGAAUGUCUCGCAGAUUGCUUUGUAUACAUUUUGUAAAAAUAUUUAUAAAAUGUUUUGUAAAAAAAAAUAUAUAUACAACAAAAAAUAAUGAAUUCCAGUUCCAUUUUGUUAUGUUGGUUAAAUGCUAUUUUAUGACACAAGCUGUGAAUCCACUGUUUAGUUCAUGGUUAGAAAGCUAUUUGGCUGUAAAUUACACAUUAAAAUGACCAAUGCAAUAUAACCAAAUA